AUGGACCUCUCCCACUCAGAAGACCAAGCAGGAGGAGGAGAUGAGUCUAUGAUAGGAGACCCACAUACUCCUACUCCGGCUCCACAACCAAGACAAUCAGUCUCAUUCAACCUGGAUGAGCAGGAGGACAUCAACUAUGAGAAGUAUGCUUCACCCACGGGGCCAAGAUAUGUCAAGUCCAGGGUGGAUCCAUAUAACAAGAGCAGGACAGAUCACUAUGCACUUGAUCAGGAGGAGGACUCUAGCAUCAUGGCAGAGCUUAACCGGUCAAAGCCCAUUGCCACCCCCUUUCGAAAGUUCAAUCCCCAAGACAUGGAGAUCUUCAUUCUAGAAGCCGAAGCAUGGUUUAAGUUCAACCAGGUGUAUGAGCAGACUAGGAUGAUCAAUCACAUGGGUGCUCAACUGGAAGGGACAGCAAGAGAGUGGUGGACCUCCAAGCUCCAUAUUGAUAGAGCUAGAGAAGGAAGGUUGUUCAAUGAUUGGCACUACUUCACAGAGAUGGAGGCAUACAACAAGCUGUUGGCCCUCAGACUCACAAGUGAUGCUCCUGGUGCUGCCACAUGUCAUGUAGAGUGGUUCAGAGACUUGGAAGGACAGGUCAACCUAGAUGACAAUGAGCUAGUGAUUGAUCUCUUCAGAGGUAGUCUCACUCGUAGCAUACAGGAGAAGUUUGAGAGGAACCCACCUGGGAAGAGAUGGGAGUGGAUAGACCCUCUUAGCUCUCGACCCAUGGGACCAAAGGUUAUGGUCACCACAGCAGACCCCUUCGAGGAGGCCACCGACUCAGGAGAUGGCCACACAGGCAGCACUGAGAUGGGUGACCCCAAGGCCAUGGACCUCAGCUCAUACCAGCAACCCAUGGACCCCGAUCAUGAGGAGGAGCACGAUGAUGACGACGACAAGGGAAACAUCAGCAAAGCAGUAUUGGAGCUCUCUGGAAUGGUUCAAGACCAUCCUGCUCAGAUACUAGCUGAUACUGGUGCUGGUUUGUCCAUAGUCUCAGAUUCUUUCAUUAGUAAGUACCAAAUACCCACAAAACCCAUAAAUACAAGAUCGAUCCAUGGUGUCACCAGACACCAACUCUCCAUCAAUAGUUCUGCGAGCAUGCAGGUAUCUAUUGGUACACACAAUCUGGGUGUGGUUGAAGCUUCAGUGGCCAACACUGCUGACUAUGACCUCAUCCUGGGGUUCACUGAGCUACGGAGGCUCAAACCCACCAUACAAUGGGAUACGGGCCAGCUGGAGUUCAAGACUCAGGAGCAGGAUCAAACCCCAAGGAGACCCCCUGAAGUAGCAAGAGCAGGGGACCUAACCAUGAGGAGACCAACCCUUCAUGGUAACAAGUUUGUCUCAGCAGAGCACAUACUACAAGCAGCUCUGGAAGAUGGACCCAUAGGGUUCAUGCUGUUGGAGGAGCCACCAUCAUCACUCCCAGCCUUUGGUUUUGUACCUACAGGUGCAGACAAAGGAGUCGAGAUGGAGGUGGAGGUGGAAGCAGACAAGCUGCCCCAUCAUACCGAGCAUGAUCUCCACCUCGAGUUGAUAGAAGGAGGUAAGCCACCUCAAGGGCCCCUAUACCUUAAGGGACCCAAGGAGAUGUCCAAGUUGAGGAGGUACUUGGAUGAGAACCUCGAGAAGGGGUUCAUAAGACCAUCGAAGAGCCCAGCACGAUCACCAGUGCUCUUCGUACCAAAGAAGGAUGGAGGUCUCAGACUCUGUGUGGACUACCAAGGUCUCAACGAGAUCACUGUCAAGAACAGGGCACCAUUGCCCCUCAUCGAGGAGCAGCUGUUCUUACUCAGGAAGGCAAGGAUCUAUACCAAGCUAGACCUUAGAGCAGCAUACAACCUCAUCCGGAUUGCUAAAGGAGAUGAAUGGAAGACAGCUUUUGGCACUCAGUUGGGACUCUAUGAGUACCUAGUGAUGCCCUUUGGCCUAGCCAAUGCUCUGGCUCACUUCCAGUCAUUCAUCAAUGACAUCUUCCAAGACAUCAUUGGGAUAUAUGUGGUAGUAUACCUAGAUGACUUCCUGAUCUUCAGUGACACUGAAGAAGCACAUGUGAAGCAUGUCACCAAGGUCCUCACUCACUUAAGGAGCAACAGGCUCUUUGCUAAGCUGUUGAAGUGUGAGUUCCACACCAAGACAGUCAAGUUCCUGGGGUACAUCAUCAAGCUGACAGGCAUAGAGAUGGACCCAGAAAAGGUGCGCACUGUCAAGGAGUGGCCAAUGCCAGAGUCAAUCCAUGACAUCCAGAGGUUCCUGGGUUUUGCCAACUUCUAUCGAAGGUUCAUAGCCCAGUUUGCUCGAAUAGCCAAGCCCUUGACAUCACUGGUAAAGCCUACAGAAUGGUUCAAGAAGUUCGAGCUACCAGAGGAGGCCCAGCAGGCCUUCCACAAGCUCAUCCAGGCAUUCACAUCAGCAGGAGUGCUUCAGCACUUCAACUACCACCUCCCAACCAGGUUGGAGACUGAUGCAAGUGACUUUGCUAUAGCAGGAGUACUCAAGCAGGAGCAUGAAGGACAAUGGCACCCAGUGGCCUUCUACUCUAGGAAGAUGUCUCCUGCUGAGAAGAACUAUGAAAUCCAUGACAAGGAGCUCCUAGCUGUGGUCGCCUGCCUCACUCAGUGGCAACACAUGCUAGCUGGACUACCGAGACAACUGGUCAUCCUCACUGACCAUGAAGCCCUCAAGUACUUCAAGUCACAGAGAUGCAUCACAGGUCAACAGGCUCGAUGGGCAAUACUACUAGCAGACUUCGACUUCAUAUUGCAGUAUCGACCAGGAGACAAAGGUGGUGAACCCGAUGCUCUCACCAGAAGGACAGACAUGCAACCAGCUGGUGAAGAGCAGGAUCACAAUGUGAGGCAACUACUGCCUCCUCGAGUGUUCAGGGAGACAGCAGACCAUGGCUCGACCCUAGUGGCCCCUAUGCUCUCAAUGGAGUCCAUAGCAUCAAAAGGUCUCAGAGACCUGGUCAAGAUCUUCCAGCCCUUAGACCAAGAGCUACAGGAGAUACAUAGGAAGAAGCCCUUCGAGGUCAAGGACAACCUAUGGUACAGUGGAGGAAGGUUGGUUAUCCCCAAAGUGAUCAUGCCAGGGAGGACCAACAACUGA